GACUGCGGACACAGUACAGGAGAUGACCAGAGACUGCGAACAUAUACAGGGGAUGACCAAGAGACUGCAGACAGUAUAGGAGAUGACCAAGAGACUGCGGAUAAUACAGGGGAUGACCAGAGACUGCGGACAGUACAGGGGAUGACCAAAGACUGCGGACAGUGCAGGGAAUGACCAAGAGACUGCGGACAGUACAGGGGAUGACCAAGAGACUGCGGACAGUGCAGGGGAUGACCAGAGACUGCAAACAGUGCAGGGGAUUACCAGAGACUGCGGACAGUGCAGGGGAUGACCAGAGACUGCGAACAGUGCAGGAGAUGACAAGA